AUGUCAUCCCCUCGCCGCCGUAUCGAGUCAGACGUCAUGAAGCUCAUGAUGACAGACCACAAUGUUACUCUGGUUGGAGACUCGAUGGUUGAGUUCUACGUCGUUCUUCAUGGCCCAAAAGACAGUCCAUACGAGGGUGGGAUGUGGCGAGUCCACGUUCGACUCCCCGAAGCAUACCCUUAUAAAUCCCCGUCCAUUGGCUUUGAGAACAAGAUGUUUCACCCCAACGUCGACUUUGCGUCGGGCAGUGUCUGCCUCGAUGUCAUCAACCAAACUUGGUCACCGAUGUAUGAACUCUUGAACAUUUUUGAAGUCUUUCUGCCCCAGCUGCUCUUGUAUCCCAACGCAGCCGAUCCGCUCAACGGAGAGGCUGCCAGCCUGUUGCUCAAUGACCCAGAACGCUACAAGCAAACAGUCCGAGGUUCGUGUGGGGGGGGGCAGUGGUCGGAACAGAAGACUCACAAAGGGGCAGCAUAA